UGUCCCUAGGAGCUGAAGGUUGCUCGUUAUCAGUAACGGGGGAAACGUCGUGGCAACUUAUAUGGAGCGGACGCUGCGACUCCACGUGUUGCUUUAAUUAACACAACAUAACCCUUAUCGAUUAAAUAUUAGUCCUACUAUCUUAUACUGCGUAGAGGGCUGGACUGCGAUCGCUUUGGACCUCAUGGCCUUUUUUGGUCUGACAUCGCUUGGUCCACAAGACCCUAUUCGCGAAGCGAAGAAAACCAACCAUGAGUAUGUAUUCCAUAACUUCCCUUUGGAUCACUAUGUGGAAGUAUUCAACAAAUACCUUAUUGGAGACUCAGACAUCUCUGUCACGCUGGAGGUCAACGGGGACUCUCACAUAGUGCGAGCCAAGCUCGGGGACAUGCUGAAGGACGUCCUGGGUCGCCAGCCGCGGAAACAUGAAGUGGACAGCUGGUUCACGUACCUGGACUUCGACCGGUCGGGUGUCAUGGGGCUAGACGAGUACAUCAAGGGCGUGGAGCGGCUGCAGGAGUUCAGCGCCGGUGCCCCGACCAACGCCACCUACACCUCGUACGACACGCAACGAGUGGAGUGGAUCCACCACACACGUGUGGGGUACGAGCCGCAGCAAACCCUCCGCGGCCCCAUGCUCACAUCGCAAGAGGUCGGGUGGCAUGCGCCCAAGUUGACGCCCCCCGAGGCUCAAGUUCGGAGAACGCUAGGCAGCACGGAUGUGACGCAGUGCGAGGGACGUGAUGCGGCAUCAUACUAUGGCCACUUCAUUUGCGGAAAAUGAGGAAUGACCGGCUUAGCUUUCUUAGGACUGCUGUGUAUUUGCUUUUCCAGACGUAAAUGAGCUUGGGGGGAUUAGGUAUGGGAGCAUGCGGCCUAUCAUUGGCGUGUCCUCUGGCACUGGGGUGCUAAACACAAGGAGAGCUUGCGGAUCGUGCGUAGCCACACGUGCCUGGAAAAGCUGCUCCAGGUUCCCUUGCCUUUCUGCUUGUAUGCGUACCGGUACUUGAACUGUUCGUGAUAGUGUCAAGGCCUCCCAAACCCUGCACAGCAGGUGUGCAUGGGCUGGGCAGGUGUUGUAGCAGGCAUGUGGAGUGGCUAAGCAAUGUGUUGUCAUGCAUAGGUAGUUUACAGGUUGGGAUAGCUAGCUAGAUGUGUCGUUUACAACAUGCAUCAUUGCCGUACCGUUUGUACGCAUGACCAGUGCUGACUCAAACCGGAAUCAAUUGUGACCCAGCUGCGCACGGGGCGGCCCGCCGCGUGCAGGUCUGGGAUGUGCAUGGCUGCAACCUGCAGCGCGUUAUGGUGCAUCAUCACAGCAUCACAGCUUCUGAACUAGUGUCCAAACGACCGCGAGAGUACGGUAACACGCCGUCCGGACUUGAAAAACACACGGGUCUACGAGGUCGUCGGAGGCCCAGUCCGUGUAUGGCGUUGUUCUAUUGGGGCACGUGUGGUCUCCAGACUGUAAUGCCUAACUAUUUC